UUCGGUUGCGCACAUGCCCUUGACUUCCUUCGAGAGGUGAUAGUGGUGGAGGAGUAAUCACAGGCAGUUAAGGAGGUCACUUAAAUUUCUACAUUUUAAGUGUGAAUUUCUCGCGAUGUGGUUCAUACCAGACGAGGGGAAGGCUCUCCCUCCUCCGGGUAUCGUCAACAGGAACUCGGUGUGGCUGUCCGGUGUCGGCUGGUGCACCGCGCUGCUUCAGAAUGCCAUUAACCACAGGCCGCCCUUAAAGUCAGGCCUCCAUCGGCAGUUCCUGCUGGCAACAAUUGGUUGGUUCAUCGGCUACCACAUCACAAAAAAAGAAAAUUAUACCUACGCCAAACUUGAUCUAGACAUGAGCGAGUAUAUCAGACUGCAUCCGGAGGAGUUUGCAGGAAAGGAAAAAAAGACCUUUGCAGAGAUUGUUGAACCUUUCCAUCCAAUACGCUAAAUGUCAGUGGGAGAGGGACAUCAUCUGAAGACUAC